CACUCUACCUCUCUCUCUCACUCUACCUCUCUCUCCUCCUCUCCUCUCCUUUCGCCGCGGGUUGUGAUGCUUCUGGACCACUGUGCAUCAUGUAUCACUAGGCUUCCUCCAGGUCCGCUGAUCAUAUCGAUGUGGUUUCUCCGUGGACACUAGACGGGUGCUGGUGUCUCCAUCCCCGGUGUCGUUCUGCCGGCGGAAGCAUGGUUCACAAGUCCCGGAACGGCGGGGUGUUCUCAGACGCCCAAGCCGACCAGAAGAAGCUGAAGGUGGGCUUCGUUGGGCUGGAGGCCGGGGGGACUGAGUCUCACCGAGACGGAGCUCUGCUCAUAGCAGGUAACGAGGCCCCACGGGGGUCCCUGCAGCCCCGUCCCAGCGUGUCGGGGCACCGCCGCCCCCCCAAGAGGAGGAACGCGCUCUACCGCCGGCUGCAGAACUUCCUCUACAACGUCCUGGAGCGUCCGCGGGGAUGGGCCUUCAUCUACCAUGCCUACGUGUUUUUGCUGGUUCUCUCCUGUCUCGUCCUCUCUGUGUUUUCUACCAUCAGAGAAUAUGAGAAAAGUUCAGAGGACGCCCUUUAUAUACUGGAGGUGGUCACCAUCGUGGUGUUCGGGGUAGAGUACAUGGUGAGGAUCUGGGCGGCCGGCUGCUGCUGCCGCUACCGAGGAUGGAGAGGAAGACUCAAGUUCUCCAGGAAGCCCUUCUGUGUCAUAGACAUCAUGGUGCUGAUCGCCUCCAUCUCGGUGCUCGCCGCCGGGACCCAGGGGAACGUGUUCGCCACGUCCGCCAUCAGGAGCCUCCGCUUCCUGCAGAUCCUCCGCAUGAUCCGCAUGGACCGCCGGGGGGGCACCUGGAAGCUACUGGGCUCCGUGGUCUACGCCCACAGCAAGGAGCUGAUCACAGCGUGGUACAUCGGCUUCCUGUGCCUGAUCCUGGCCAGCUUCCUCGUCUACUUGGCGGAGAAGGAAUACAACGAUCAGUUUGAGACGUACGCCGACGCCCUCUGGUGGGGCCUGAUCACCUUGACGACCAUCGGCUACGGGGACAAGUGUCCGGUCACCUGGAACGGACGGCUGCUGGCCGCCACCUUCACCCUCAUCGGAGUCUCCUUCUUCGCCCUGCCAGCGGGUAUUCUUGGCUCAGGCUUUGCGCUGAAGGUCCAGGAGCAGCAUCGUCAGAAACACUUUGAGAAGAGACGGAACCCUGCGGCCGGGCUCAUCCAGGCUGCCUGGAGGUUCUAUGCUACUAAUCUGAACAGAACCGACCUGAGCUCAACCUGGGAACACUACGAGAGGACCUUCAACGUCCCCCUCUAUAGGUUGAUUCCUCCUCUGAACCAGAUCGACCUCCUGAGGAACCUGAAGAAUAAAUCUGGCCUCUCCUUCAGGAAGGAGGGGCAGCUGGAACCAUCUCCAAGUCAGAAGGUUAGUUUGAAGGAGAGGGUCUUCUCAUCUCCAAGACAUUCAGCUGCCAAAGGAAAAGGUUCUCCUCAGGGCCCCGCUAGUGCGGGUCCUGGAGGCGCCCAGGUCCUGGCCGGGCCCCAGGCCCAGAAGAGCUCUCCCAGCGGGGACCAGAUCCCAGCGGAGAGUCCCAGUAAGGUCCCCAAGAGCUGGAGCCGCCAGGCCUUCAAGAUCCGAGGACUUGCCUCCCGCCAGAACUCUGAAGUGCUGAUAGAGAUGCAGGAUGAAGACUUCAGACACAAGGGCUCCCCAGACACCAGCCUAGCGGGGGAGGCGGGGCCGGGGGGGGAGGCCCUGGGGGACGACACUAAGAGCUGUCACUGUGAGUUCGUUCCUCAGGACCUGACCCCCAGCCUGAAGGUCACCAUCAGGGCCAUCUGCAUCAUGCGCUUCAUGGUUUCCAAGAGGAAGUUCAAGGAGAGCCUUCGGCCGUAUGACGUGAUGGACGUGAUCGAGCAGUACUCCGCCGGACACCUGGACAUGCUGGCCCGCAUCAAGAACCUCCAGACCAGAGUGGACCAGAUCGUAGGCAGGGGCCAGCAGCCCACCGACAAGGACCGGCCAAUCCCUGACAAGGAACGUCCCAAAGCAGCCAAUGAGGAGAGCACUGAGGACCCGAGCAUGAUGGGACGCCUGGGAAAGGUGGAGAAACAGGUGUUGUCCAUGGAGAGGAAGCUGGACUUCCUGGUCAACCUAUACAUCCAGCGAAUGGGAAUCCCCCAGACGGAGACCGACGCCUACUUUGGCUCCAAGGAGCCCGCCCCCCCCCUACCAGAGCCCUGUGGAUCACCUGGAGAGGAACCAAUCAGCCAGGCCGUGCCCCAGUGACGUCACCAACGUCAUCCGUUCCAGCUCCAUCCCCCUCCCCCCCUUCACCUGCCCCCCCUCCACCUCCUGGCAGCCAAUCAGCUCCCAGGUCCAUCAACAAGCCCUGCCCCUGAGCCAGCGAAGCCAAGGCAACACUCCAAGUCCGGUCGGAGACGGGUGCCUGGUUCGACUCCCACCUCCUCCCCCUAACGACAGGAGACCUCACAGACUGAGCGCUGGGGAGAGGGGAGGGGAGAGAGGGAGGGAGAGAGGAGGAGAGAGGGGAGGAGAGAGAGGAGGUGACAGAG